AGUGUCCAGCCCGGUGUCAGCCCUUCCGGGGCCGCAUCAGGAAAGUUGGGGCCACGAGGUUCGGAGCUAGCGGCUGCUGGAGGCGCGCCCCACUGCGGCCCAGCCGACCCAGCGCUGGGUCCGCGCUUCCAUGGGCCCGACCCGGAAGCCCAACGUGUGCCGCCGGCUGAGCCGCCGGGCGCUAGGCUGCUUCUCGCGCGACGCAGGCGUGGUGCAGAGGACGAACCUGGGUAUCCUGCGGGCGCUGGUGUGCCAGGAAAGUACUAAAUUUAAGAAUGUUUGGACAACUCAUUCCAAGUCACCUAUAGCCUAUGAGAGAGGAAAGAUAUAUUUUGACAAUUAUCGGCGUUGUGUCAGCAGUGUUGCAUCAGAACCAAGAAAACUUUAUGAAAUGCCAAAAUGUUCCAAAUCAGAAAAAAUAGAAGAUGCUUUAUUAUGGGAAUGUCCAGUGGGGGAAAUACUUGCCAAUUCAUCAGAUUACAAGUCCUCACUAAUAGCACUGACUGCUCACAAUUGGCUGCUUCGUAUAUCAGCAACUACAGGAAAAAUUCUUGAGAAAAUAUAUCUUGCUUCUUAUUGCAAAUUCAGAUACUUGAGCUGGGAUACUCCUCAAGAAAUCAUUGCAGUCAAGUCAGCUCAGAACAAAGGCUCAGCAGUGGCCCGGCAGGCAGGCAUUCAACAACCUGUUUUGCUGUACCUUGCAGUGUUUCGAGUUCUACCUUUUUCACUUGUAGGGAUUCUAGAAAUCAACAAAAAGAUUUUCGGGAACAUUACAGAUGCUACCUUGUCUCAUGGCAUACUGAUUGUGAUGUACAGCUCAGGACUGGUCAGACUCUAUAGCUUCCAGGCCAUCACUGAACAGUUCAUGCAACAGAAACUUGACUUAGGGUGUGCAUGCAGAUGGGGUGGGACUACUGGAACUGUAGGAGAGGCUCCUUUUGGCAUUCCUUGUAAUAUUAAAAUCACAGACAUGCCGCCACUGCUCUUUGAGGUGUCAUCCCUGGAAAAUGCUUUUCAGAUUGGAGGCCAUCCUUGGCACUACAUCAUUACACCUAAUAAGAAGAAACAGAAAGGUGUAUUCCAUAUUUGUGCCCUAAAAGACAACUCCCUGGCAAAAAAUGGAAUUCAAGAAAUGGAGUGUUGUUCUCUAGAAUCUGACUGGAUCUAUUUCCAUCCUGAUGCUUCUGGUAGAAUAAUACACGUUGGCCCAAAUCAAGUCAAAGUUUUGAAGCUAAAUGAAAUAGAAAAUAAUAGUUCUCAGCAUCAGAUCUCUGAAGAUUUUGUCAUUUUGGCCAACAGGGACAAGAACAAAAAUGAAAACUUAUUCACUGUUACAGCUUCUGGACGGGUGGUAAAAAAAAGUUUUAACCUUCUGGAUGAUGACCCAGAACAAGAGACUUUUAAAAUUGUGGACUAUGAAGAUGAGUUGGAUUUGCUUUCUGUGGUAGCUGUUACUCAAAUAGAUGCUGAAGGAAAAGCUCACCUGGAUUUCCACUGUAAUGAAUAUGGAACUUUACUUAAAAGCAUUCCCCUAGUGGAGUCGUGGGAUGUGACAUAUAGCCAUGAAGUCUACUUUGACCGAGACUUAGUACUACACAUAGAACAGAAACCCAACAGGGUCUUCAGCUGCUAUGUUUACCAGAUGGUUUGUGACACUGGGGAAGAGGAAGAAACCAUCAACAGAGGUUCUUAAAAAGAGUGAGAUAACUGGACCUUAAGAGACUUUUAGCCAAACAACCCAGUGGCUGUGUCCAGCCCUCCUUUUUAUUAUCUGCAUGGCAUAUUCUCUAGUAUUUUCCAGAAAAGAUGUUAUGUUGACUUCAGAUGACUGUGGCUUCUUUUUUAAACUCUAGCUGUUAUGUAAAGGUCUUUUAGAAUGCUGUCCCAAGAAGUCUCGUGUUUUGAAGCACUGAGCUAGGUGGUGGUGUAAAUAUAAAAUGCU